UAUUGUAUUUUAAAGCUGAAAUUCGAAGUAAAGUAAUCAAUUCAAUUAAUUUAAUAUGUUUCGUUACAUUGGUAAAGUAUCAAGUGCUCCAAUAUAUAGAUGUUUCAAUACAGAAAACAAUGCUUUAUAUAAGAAUAAUAAAUUGUUGGACGAAAAUGUAGCAUACGAAACAGAAUAUUAUUACAAAAAGGAUAAAGAAUUAUUAGAGAUACUUAAACGAAAAACGCAAAACGAAGUUAAAAACAUGCAAAAGGAGGUUAACAUAAUGCGUAAUAAAAUCGAAGAAUACAAUCGAGAUAUCAAUGAAAAUCUUCGAUUUUUACAAAAUUUAGAAAAGAAUACGACGUCACAUAAGAAGGAAGAUACUUAAUAAUUCUUAUUAAAAAAAAAUGAUUGAAUUUCAAAUAUACAUACACACACACAUAUAUACAUAUAUCGAAAGAUUAAAAUAAACAAAAAAUUUAAAUUUACCGCUCUACUAUGCCGAC